CAUUAACAAAAAAGAGAGAAAAGCCACAACCUGGAGAUUUUUCUGUAGUUGCUCAUUUUUAACACGCAGUGCGCUUUUGUUUGACAAUUCAAAAGCUUUCAAGCGCAAGAGAACUGUAGCUAUUAAUCAUUGUUCUGUUGAGUUUUCUUUUAAUUACAUUGCUUCUGUAUUCUUCUUAAUUGUCUUUGUUAACAGGGAAAACGGUCAAAGAGAAGCAAUGUACAACGGCAUUGGCCUCACCACACCACGAGGCAGCGGAACCAAUGGCUAUGUGCAGCGCAACUUGUCGAGUGUACGUGCCAAGCGCCAACGGGAUGAGCGUGGAGGUGAAAGGGAUGAAAAGGACAGAGAGCGUCUGGAGAGCCAGCUGAACCGGCAGCCCAAUGCCGACAUCCUGGAGCACCAAAGAAAGAGGCAAUUGGAGGUCAAAUGUGCAGAACUGCAGGACAUGAUGGAGGAGCAAGGGUAUUCUGCUGAGGAGAUUGAGGAGAAGGUGAACAGCUUUCGUAUGAUGUUGCAGGAGAAGGAGGAGCCGCCCACAGCCCCAACAGAGAGACCAGCGGUGACAGAGACUCACGCCUUGGCUGCAGCCAACCAGCAGAAGAAUGACCGGCUGCGCGAGGCCUUUGGGAUCGCCACAGACUAUGUGGAUGGUUCGUCCUUUCACCCUGAACGCAAAGAGCGAGAGAAGGAAAAGAGGGAGCAGGAAAGGCUGGAGAGGGAGAAGCAGCAGAAAUACAUGCUGGUAGAAGAGUCUGAGGACUCAGAGUCCACCUCCCGAAAACAGAGCCGGAAGAAGAAAAAGAAGAACCGAGAUAGCUCAGAGAGCAUAUCUCCCUCUCCUCAAAGGGAGAAGAAAACGAAAAAGAAGAAAAAGAAAAGAGACAAGUCAGAAGAUGAGGAUGAAAGUGAGAGUUCCUCCAAUGAGAAACCGGUGUCCAAGCGGAAGCGAGGGCAGAGUGAAAACGACAGUCCAAAAGCCAAGGCCCGACGACAGAGGAAUGACGCCUCCAGCUCUGCUCAUAGCCAAUCCCCUGCACCGCUGAGAGAAAGGCAGCAGAACCAGCAUGUCAGGAGAGCAGAGGAAGGAAGGAAGGGGCGGUCUCCUGACAGGAGGGGACGGGGUCGUGAAGACAGUCCACCUCGACUGGUUGGCAGAGAGAGGUCUUCCAGACAUCUAGGUUCCCCAGAUGUCCACCGGGGUGCUAAGGGACAACAAGAGAGAGAAAGGAUAAAGGACAAACCAAAAGAAAAGGAGAAGGUAAAAGACAAGUCUUCCUUGAAGAAGAGAUAUGAUUCUUCAUCCCCCUCUCCACAACCACAGCAAGAGAAAGCCAUGUGCUCUAAGAGGGGAGAGGCGGAUAAAGAAAGAGAACGGGGGAAGGAGAGAACACAACAAAGAAGUAAACACAACUCCUCGUCUGCUUCUCCGCCACCAAAGCUGCAGUCAUCCAGGAGGCCAAGGAGUGGAGAAACUGAACAGGAGAAAGACAGGAAAAAAACCUUUCCUGCACAUGACGACUCCUCGCCAUCUCUAGACAGGGCAACAGCCAAGGGAGGGAGGAGUGUUGAGAAGGAGAGGGGAAAGGAUCGAAAUGUGUGUGACCAAGAAAGAGGGAGAGAACAAGUGAAGAGGAGGGAGAAGGAGGUGUCUCCCCCUUGUGGGAGAAGCAGUGGAGGAAGGGAUAGACACUCAUCCCCCGACUCUUCAUCUUCUACCUCUCCAGUCCCCAUUUCCAAUGGAAGCCAGAAAAAGAGGGAACGUGAAGGAAAGAGGGAAAGGGAUCUGGAGGAGAGGUCUAAAGAGAAGGAGAGAGAACUGAAUAAGGAGAAACAGGAUGAGCGUAGAGAGAGGGAGAGAGACCGGGAUGGAGGCAGAGAGAGAGAUGGUGGAAGAUUAGGUAGACGGCCACCUGUUGGCUCAAAUGAAGACCGUCGUGCAGAGCGAGACAAAGAUAGGGAGAGGAGAACUGAGAGGGAGAAAAUGGCAUCUGAAGGCAGGAGGAAUGAAAGACCAAUGGAAGAAGAUAACAGAUGGGAGGGAAGAGAUCGAGACCUUGCAGAAAUGGAGAGAGGGAGGGAAAGAGAGGAGAAAGUGUCCAAAAAAGUAAAAGAAGAUGGGGGCAGCAGUGACAGUGACAGUUCCUCCUCUUCCUCCUCCAACUCCUCUUCUUCUUCUUCCUCCUCCUCUUCCUCGAACAAUGAGAAGAAAAAGGGGCCUACAAGCAAAGAAAAGAGUGACCCAAAAAAAGAAGUCCCUACUCUAGUCUCCCCUCCAGCCAUUAGUGCUGCCUACCACAGGUAUUUGGCCAAUGGGGGUAGAGAGAGUGCCUCUGAAAGUGAUGUGCAAAGGCACGCCCAGUCAGGGAAAGAGAGAGAUCGUGAGAGUAAAGGAGGAAGAGGAGACAGGACGACACCCUCUAAGAGGGAAAGCCCAGCCCCUGCUGCCUACAGGUCACCCCAGUGCUCUGCUGGUGAGCGCUCUACACUGACAGAACGGGCCAGGGGCCAGGAGCGGUACAGCCCCACGGAGGUGGAGAACACCAGCCCUCGCCCCUCCCCUCCUCGGAGAGGGCCUCCGCGAAGCAGCCACAGGUACUCCCCCGCAGACGCAGAUGGGGAACGAGGGACGGAACGGGACUGGUCAGAUGUGAGGAGCAGCGUAAGGAGGCCUGAAAGGCGCAGCCCCCUGACGCGCGACAAAAUGGGGGAGAGGAGGAGGUCCCCAAAAGCACCCGCCCAGCAGCGAUGCUCCCCAACACCACGACGCACGCCCCCGCGGCAAUACCAAGACCUCCCAGCUCGCUCCCCGAGCCCCCGACGGCACUCUGCACGUUCCCCACCCCGAGGACCCAACCACCCGCGACGCAGCCGCAGUCGGGAAGUGGAGCGGGAUAGAGCCAGGGACAGGGGAGGGAGGGAGCGCUCCAGAGAGAGGGCCACCAGGAGGAGCCGGUCAAGGAGCCCUAGGAGACGAAGCCCCUUGUACAGGUCCCGGCGAUCCCCCUCUCCAGCUCGACGUAGGAGAAGCAGCCGCUCCCAGUCAGGGGAGAGAGAGAGGAACAGGGAGCGAAGGAAGGAGCAAGAGCAGAGAGGGCGCCUACCUCCCAAAGGCGGGCUGCCACCCCGCCGAUCUGCCACCUCCUCCUCCAGAACAUCCUCUUCCCAGUCCCCCUCACCCGUCAGAGGGAGGAGAGAGGCACCCGGCAUUAAAGGGAAGGACAGCGGAGCCCAGAAAGUGGACAGAGGAGACAGGGGAAAAAAGUCAAGAUUGUCCCCUUCACCCUUGCCCUCAAAAGAAUUUGGGCCCCCUCCUACCCAUUUGGAUAGCAAGGCCCUCUCCAGAGAAAUGCGUCAAUCGGACCCACCUCGCUCCAGGUUCUCGGCUACCUUCCCACCAGGGUUGAGAGAGACACAAAAAGGUGAACAAAGGCACCAAACACCCCUGCUGUCACGUAGCCCAGCCCGUCCUACUGACCAAGCAAUUGGGGAAGAAGGUGCCGUAAAUGGGAAGGGGGCAAAAGACGUCAAGAAGGCAAAGAUGAGCAGCAGUUCCAGCUCCUCCUCAUCUUCCUCUUCCUCCUCAUCUUCGUCAGACAGCUCAGACUCCGAGGCUCAGCAGGGCAAACGUGGUGGAAAGACAGCUGCUGCCCAUAGCUCCUCCUCAUCCUCUGAAAGUGAGAAUGAACAAAAGAAAAAGAGCCCGCCUCGGCCUCAGAGGGUGCCAGCCGAUUCGCUGAGAGACUCGCGCUCGCUCAGCUACUCUCCUCCGAGACACAGACAAGCCACACAUUCGCCACACUCUCGCAGGACUGGCAGCAGGAAAUCUCCUAACCGGACAACCUGCAAUAGGAGGAGACAAUGAGUCCCCCCCCCCCCCCCCCAAGUCAUCUGUUUCUCCUUCAAACACUUCGAUGCUUGUCAAUUGUACCUCCAUAGAUUUUAUAGGGAGGCUUUGCAUCGAUCUGUGAAGGAAACUUGAGCUGUAUUUGUUUCUGUGUGUAGUCUCAAGUAUAGACAAGGAGCAUAUGCAAAAUUUAAAGAUAAAAAAAACUUUUAACAAAAGAAUUUACGGAGAAACCCUCAAAUGCUAUUUCAUGCUGCAUUGACAACACUUGUGUAGAUGGACACGGUUGUGCAGACUAUUUGAAACUCAACACAGCGCAGUCAUUGAACAUCAGAAAGGAAUGUUUACUGCGCUCUCCCCACGUUACGUGAGUGUUCUAAUUGUAGAAAUGCCCACAGAUAAAGUAUUGUUUCAAUGUAAUGUUUAAAAACGGCUUCAUAUUUCUUUGUGAAAAUAAUGAAUGAUAAUAAAAAACAAGCAUCUGUGUAUC